AUGCCGCGUCUAAAUAAAACCGCAGCAAAUGAUACGCAACAGAUAUGUUUUUUUCCACUAGUGCAUCCACAAACGAAUGGUCAAGCGGAGAUUUCAAACCGGGAGAUCAAAUCUAUCCUUGAAAAAAAAGUAAAUUCAAAUAGGAAGGAUUGGUCUCUUAGGUUAGAUGAUGCUUUGUGGGCAUAUCGCACAGCAUAUAAAACACCCAUUGGAAUGUCCCUAUAUUGUCUUGUGUUCGACAAACCAUAUCAUUUUCCGGUUGAACUUGAACACAAGGCAUUUUGGGCCAUCAAAAUUUUUAAUUUGAAUACUAAUGAAUCUAGUUUGCAAAGGAAAUUGCAGUUGCAGGAGCUUGAGGAGAUAAGGAAUGAAGCUUACCAGAACGCAAGUAUAUACAAAGCUAAAACAAAGGCAUGGCAUGAUCAAAUGAUAAGUAGAAACAGCUUCGAGAUUGGACAAAAAGUUCUUCUAUACCAAUCACGCCUGAGGCACCGAGUGAACUACGUCGUGCCAACGAUAUUAAAUAAAUGGAAAAUUUUUGAUGUAAAUAGUUCUUUGAUAAAACUUUGA